AUGCUGCAACUGUCCAAGGAGCUUCGGUCGAUCUGCACCACGUGGAAGCACAACCGCCGAGCCAUCCUGGCCGCGGCUAAUGCUAGCGCCACGGCACCGGCAGGAGGAGCCGCGCCGGCGCCGGCGAGGGAGCAACCCGCUCCGUCCGGGAGGCGCAAGGUUUGCGCGAUCGGGGCCGGCCAAGGGCGUGUCGGAGAUGGCGGCGUUGUCAAGGCGGUGCACUACCACUCCCUUAACGAUAGCAAGAUGAAGGCGCUGCUGAUCCGCGUCGGUCUCCCGGUAGGAGGGGGCAAGGCUGCCAUGGUCGCUAGGCACAAGCGGCUCGUUCUGCUGUCUGCUGCGUCCAACGAUCGUGAGGUGCCGUUGCCCAAGGCGCAGCUCCUCAGACAGGUGGCCGCAUGGGAGAGAGAGAAAGACAAGGAGAGGAUGGCGAACGCCAAGACAGCGAGGGCAGGGCUAGUGUCAGGAUCAGCAGGGUCGGGGGGAGGGUCGAGGCAGGCGUUGCGCCCGGCGGGGACAGGGGGCGCCGCAGCCGCUGGCGACGGAUCACCCCCACCUGAGUCCGAGAAAAUCGUGAUCUCGAAGGAGAUGAAGGACGGGUUCUCCGCCUUGAUCGCAAGCGCCAGAAGUCCGCUCCGCACUGGACUUCGCUUGUGCAGCUGUGAGCAGCGCGAUUUCCCCCUUUUGUGUUGA